AACCAAAGAAGUUGCAUAUGGCAACAUGAUAUAAUGAAGUAGAACUUACGAGGUUUUGAAUAUUAUAUGAUAAAGAAAAUCAUAGUACUCCAUUGACGGUAUUGGUUCUGCUUGAUGAUUCAUAAUAAUUGUGCUGUGUUUUUUGUUUUUUUAUAAUUUGAUUGACUAAAGUGAUAAUUUGUGUUAUUUGUUUGUGAAGUGGUGACAAUAUCAUGUUUUACAAUAUGACAUAAAGGAUUGAAACAUUUUAGAAGAUAACUACUGGUCAUAAAUGAAAUCGAAUGAAGAUCCUAAUUAUUUAUGUGUUUAUAUAUGUAAGAUUUUGAGGAAACCGAACAUAGGAAACACGAUGCUGCCAUUUAAACUAUGUUAAAUUUGUGUCAGCUACCUGCGCUGGUGAACAAUUAAAUUAUGUUCCGAUUUUCGCCAUUCAAAAACGAAUUUCCUUUUUUUUAAUAAGUAUUUUUUAUUUACUGUUGUAAAUUUGAAAUUUUUAAUAAAAAAAAUUGUUUUUCACUACAACAGUAAUAAAACGCAGAUACACAGAAAGUCCGAAAAGGCUUACAACCCCCCCUCCCCCAGAUAGCAGUAAUUUGAUCAGAACACUAAUGUUAUGAACUGUCGAAGUAUUUGUCAUCUGUAUUACUCGUAAAAGUUAAACUGAGUAAAUUAUCCAUCAUCUAUACGAUAGAAAAAACGAAGACUUUUUUUGGUUAUAAUGAUAUCUUCAAAUAUUCCUUUAGUGAUAUGUGAUGGUUGUUUACUUUUUAUUGAGAAAAUCGAUGAAUUUUUGGAGACUGUUUACAAAUCAGAAAUAGUUUUAAGUAGUCUAUAUAACAGUACCACAAAUGUUUCAAGCAGUUCGGAUUUAUCAAAUAGCAACAAUGAUAUCAAUUAUACAGAAGAAAUAAAAAAUUCAAAAAAUGGCAUUACUAAUAAAAUAUCUCAAGAGGUGGUUGAACAUGAUGAAUCAAUUUCAGAAACACGUGAAAUUAAAGAGAAGAAUGUUUUCCAAUGUAUAAAAGAAAAUCAGUUAUAUACAUGUGAAAUUUGUUCAGAGAAGUUUGAUGAUUUUUUCAAUUAUCAAGACCAUCAAGAAACUCAUAACGGACAAUUUGUAUUUCAUUGUUCCAAAUGUAACAAGGUAUUUUCAAGUAGGAGUGAAAUUGUUCAGCAUGAAAAUAAUCACAAAGUCUCUUGUGUUAUUUGUCGGACUGAAGUUUUGCCCAAAAGUUUGGAUGCCCAUAUGAUAAAACAUACAGAUAUUUUUAAAUGUAGCUCAUGUGGCUCGAGACAUUCAUCACGAGCUGCUUUAGAAAAUCACUUUAAAGCUCGACACGCUGGUCUUAAAGGAUAUAUCUGUUAUAUGUGUGGAAAACAAAACAGUUGUCAAGCCUCUAUGAAUCGUCAUCUUGCAACUCAUCUUCAAAUUCGACCGUUCAAGUGUAAAAUGUGCAAUUUUGCUACAAAAUCUAAAACUAUUUUGAGUGUACACGUAUCUAGGAAACAUUCAAAUGAAAAAUGUAAUUGUGAAAUAUGUGGAAAAUUAUUUAAAUCCAAGUUCAGCUUAAAACAGCAUAAGAAAAGGAUACACUCUCCCAAAAAGUUUGUUUGCAAACAAUGCGGAAAGUCUUUUAGCGAAAAAUUCAAUUGGAAUCAACAUAUGAUUAAAAAACAUUCAAAAGAAAGAGUCUAUGAAUGUAGAGUAUGUCAUCAAGAAUUUUUCACUUCUAAUAAUUUAAAAAAUCAUAUGCAUGUUCAUAGAACCGGUUGUGUAAAUUGUUUCAAAUGUGGUAAAGUGUUUAUAUAUAAAAAAUAUUUGGAAAAACAUUUGAUGAAAUGUCAGGGUGUAAAAAUCAAAACUGAAACUGUUAAUGUUACUAUUGUUUAAUAAAUGAAUAAUAAGAA